GCAGUUCACUGCAGAUUGAAAUGGGGAACUGGAGCUCCAAGCCCGAUGUUAAAACUCAAGAACUUGAAACUCCAUGGAGGACAGUGACUUGGGGGAAAGCAAAGAAAGACUCUUUAAUAGAGGAUAUGAGGAAGAUCCAACCGUGCACAAAAAAUCUGAAAUGCUUGAGGAUGAUUGUGGUUGGCCCAGCUGGUUCAGGAAAAUCAAGUUUUAUAAACUCUGUUAAUAAUGCCUUCCAAGGACGGAUAACUAGCAAUGCAUUGAGUGAUGCCAUUGAAAGUGGUAAAAGUUUCACCAAAAAAUAUUGUGAAUUUGAAAUUAAAACGGGAAAUUUAAAAUUGUCUACUUUCUUCAAUGAUAUGAUGGGCCUGGAAAUAGAAAGUAACAAAGGAUGCCAUCCAGAGGACAUCUUCAAAGCCAUAAAUGGGUUCAUGAAAAAUGGACAUAUGUUUAAUCCAGAAAAGCCAAUAUCUCCAGAAGAUCCGGACUAUAAUAAAAACCCAGAUCUCUCUGAUGAGACCUACGGCAUGGUUUAUGUUUUAGCUGCUGAAAGAAUUAAGUUGGCAGAGGAUGCAAUUUUGAAAUUAAGAAACAUUCGUGAGAAAGUUAGUAUGACUUGGGGGUUGCCUCAGAUCAUUGUCAUAACAAAUGUGGAUCAAGCAUGUCCUUUGGUACAAAAAAAUGUACAGAAGAUAUACCUCAGCAAGAAAAUCAGAGAGAAGAUGGAAUGGUGCAGUGGUUCACUGGGUGUUCCAAUGUGUCACGUCUUUCCAGUGAAGAACUACCAUGAAGAAAUUGAAACCAAUGAUGACAUGGAUGUUCUGAUUUUACAGGCAUUCAAACAAAUUAUGGAGCUUGCCAAUGAUCACUUAGAAAUUCGUAUAAAAAACAAAGACAACCAGAAUGUGAAAGAGAAACAGCCAAAAUCUAAGUGAGAAAUUGUUUGUCAUUGUUAAAUGAUGAUUUAAACAAUCUAUUUGGCAUGGUGAUUAUUUGUAUGACCUAAUGUCUUAAAACACCACUUAUUUUAAAACAUGCCGUUAAUUAAUAUGCAUAAUAAAUUACCAUAUAUUAUUUUAAAUCAGGGAAAGUUAAUUUGGUAACACUUUACAAAAAGGUUGUAUUUGUUAACAUUAGUAAAUGCAUUAGUUAACAUUAACUAAACGAACAAUACUUCAUUUAUUAAUCGUAGUUCAUGUUAUUUUUCAGCCUAAUAGAUUAUUCAAAUAAAAGUUGUAACUGCUAAGAUUAAUUAAUGCACCAUGAACAAAUGUGAAUAACUGUAUUGGCAUUAACUAACAUUAACAAAGAUUAAUAAAUGCUGAUUACUAUAUUGAUCAUUGUUAAUUCAUAUUAUCUAAGGCUAAAAUUAACAAAUUCAACCUUAUUGUAAAAUGUUACUGGUAAUUUUACACACUUAUAGAAUAACUAUAUGUAACCAGUGUAUACCAUAAUUUAGUGUUAAGGGUAAAAUCUAAUGGAGAAAUGUUUUCUUUUUUGACUGUCCACCAAAUGUACUGCUUUUAUCCCCAAUUUUUAAAUGCAAUAACAAUAAA